AUGGUUCAUACUACAACCACCACCACUACUCGCCACGGUCUGUUCGGCCGCAAGAAGGUCGUCCACCACCAGAAGCGCAAGGCUACCAUUGGAGAUAAGAUCUCAGGCGCCAUAUUGAAGCUGAAGGGCACCUUGACCCACCGCCCUGGCGAGAAGGUCACCAUAGAAACUACGCUACCGACUCCCUAUUACCCUUCCUUCCCUCUUCCCCUUAAAUCAAGACAAAAUAGUGCGUCUAUCCUCUUCCAUCCACGACUGCACGUAUGCAUGACAAAUUGCGACUCAAUGGCCGACAAGUGCACUGUCAAGAUAUGA